ACCAUGGAGUCACCCUGUUUUCAACUGCACCUUAGUUUGUGUUUGCUUUCUGAAAACGACGGUUCACGCUUUUAGUGGAUCCCAUCGUCAAAGGCCAAACCUUUUCCCUACGAUUUAAUAGCCGUCCGUGUCGGCUUAACUCUCCUCUCCGUUCAAUAUGGUGGUCGGUCGCAAUAACAAGAUGUCCGCGUACAUCAACUACCGCAUGCGAGUGAUUCUUCAAGAUUCGCGUACCUUCAUCGGCACCUUCAAAGCCUUUGACAAGCACAUGAACCUCAUCUUGGGCGAUUGCGAGGAGUUCCGCAAGCUCAAAUCCAAAUCUGCCAAGUCUGCCGAGCGAGAAGAGAAGCGUGUCCUCGGAUUGGUCCUUCUCCGCGGCGAAAACAUCGUGUCCAUGACCGUGGAAGGACCUCCACCCGCCGACGAAGGGAUGCCCCGUGUGCCCAUUCCGGGGGCGGGUGGACCUGGCAUGGGUCGGGCUGCCGGUCGUGGCGUGCCCAUGGGUGCGGGUGGUGCCGCUCCAGGUUUGUCAGGUCCUGUUCGAGGAGUGGGUGGACCUGCCCCCUCCAUGAUGGCGCCGGGCGGUAUGGCGGUGAGUGCCCCGCCUCAGAUGCGAGGCCCACCCCCAGCGGGUCGUGGCGGUCCUCCUGGCGGUUUCGGCCGUGGUGGUGGUCCUCCGUCCGGCUUUGGCCGUGGAUUUUCGUAUUAAUCCUCACCGAUGAUCUCCUACCUGUGUAGAUUUAUGCAGUCUAUUGUAAAUAAAACGCUGGUUUACGGUAGAAAAACUG